AUGUCCUCGACACCGACGUCUUCCCCUGCCAACCCUCAGUCACCACGACCGCCCUUUCUCCCCGUCCCACUCUCCGACUCUGAAUCUACGCUCAUCUCCUCCCUUCACCUCCAGUACACCCCCAUCCUCUCCGCCCCAGCACCCUUCCCCCUCCCCUCCUUCUCAUCGACCAUCACCGCCCUCCUCCAACACCCCGAACGCACAGGCCCUCUCAUACUCCGCGCCGAGCCGCUCCCUCCACCUGUCCCCCCAAUCCCAGGUUCGACAGAGCUCUUCAAAGGUUGGAGACCCGUCGAGGUAAGCCGACGAAGGCUCCUCCCCAGAGUGCCGGAAAGGGAUGGCGAGCUCAUCCAGACCUGUGUAAGGUAUCGGAGGAGUAACGUCGGCGAGAGAGGGGAGGGGGAGAUGCUCGUGCUCACUCCCGAGCUCCUCGAAAGCGCAAGUAUACCAUACUACCACCCAGACGUCCAACGCCUAGCUCUAAUAUACACCUCCUCCCCGCUUUCUACAGAAGACGGCGCAGAAGCACACGGCCAGAUCCAGAUCGAAGUCGUCCUUCCCCCCUCUGCCCCGUCCCAGGUCUCCUCAAACUCACGGCUCUAUCGCACCUGCCUCCACCUGCUCGAAACGACACACAAGCAUUCCUGGGGUCACCUUUCCGGCUACCGCAAGCGUGUGCGACACGACGUCCUCCUCCCCCGAGCGGAGUAUCAGGACCUGUAUAUGCGCCUUAAGCAGAGGCACAAACAUCAUGUGUCCUCUUGGAGCCUCGGUACUGACCCGAGGAAACAUGUUUUCGAGGUGAAGAAAGCUGAGCUUGACGUAGCGAUCGCGGCGUUUUUGAUGCUUUUGUGGAAACUGGACUAUCCGGCUCUGGGCGUGCCUAGGGCGCCGCUGCUCGUUGGUGAGAACCCGGAGCGAGAAGAACGAUGUGAGUGGAGUACCUGGGGCCGUCCGGAAGGGGGGUUCGUAGACCUCGGGUGUGGGAACGGGCUCCUCGUCCAUAUCCUUCUGCAAGAAGGGUACGAAGGAUACGGUAUCGACCUUUCCCCGCGGAAGACCUGGGCUUCGUUCUCCCCUUCCACCCAAGCUCAUCUCCACGCAGCGGCAAUUUCCCCCCUCUCUUCGCCUCCCGUCUCCCCGCCCCUCCCUCCCGGAGCAUUCUUGCUUGGCAACCACGCCGACGAGCUCACGCCCUACGUCCCCCUCUUAGCAACCCUGCACGCCGCCAGCGGGUGGCUCGUCAUCCCUUGUUGUGCAUAUACGUUCACGGCCCGGUUUACGGCGACGUCGUAUCGCUCCAGGCUAGGACGGAGCGAGGUAGAGCAGAGGAUGGACGAGGGGGGAGAGGGUGGGGGAAGAGUAAGGGCGUAUUUGGUCUGGCUGGAAGAGAUGGGGAGGGGGUUGGGCUGGUCUGUUGGGCUGGAGGCGCUUCGGAUGCCUAGUACGAGGAAUUGGGGACUGGUGGGCCGGAGGGCCGUAGAUGGGCUGGAAGAGGAUGGCGAGCAGCUGGAGAUAGAUGGCGAAGGGCAGGAAGAGAGAGGAGCGCGGAGAGUGGUUAGUAGGGAGGAAGGACUCCUUUGGGCUAAGGAGAAGCUGGAAGAGAUCAGGUGUUCUGGGGGAUUUCAGGUCAGGGAGGGGAAGGGACACGGACACCAUUAG